UUUGGAUUUCUUAAUCAAGUAAAUUUUGUUUCCCUCUCUUUGUUUUUCUUUUUUCUAGAAUCCUUCUUUUCUUAUUUCGUAUAGUUAACGAUGCUCCCCGCUCUCAUUUUGCAUCUCGAAAUCCCUCUUCUACUCGCGUGAUCCUUCUGCAGAUCGAACCAUGGCUUUUCUCUUUGUACAAAUCGGAACCUCGUUUGACUUAUGCUCUCUGCAAAUCUUCAUUUCUCUUCCAAUUGCAGACAAUCGCAGCUUCCAAUCAGAAUCGAUCGGGUGUGCCCUAGCUUCCAAUUUCUCCCAUGUUUUCUCUGUUCGAGACAUCUACCAAAAAUACUGAGAUAGACAGGGUGAAUCUUGAGAUCCAACAAGUUGAGCUGGAGUAUGAUCUUAAUCGGGCUGCUAAAUCAAAGUAUGGCAGUCUAAACUCCUUGCAUCGACAACUUGAAAGUGUUGAGAAGGAAUAAAUGAGUAUAUGAAUUCAACGAAGUCUAUGCUUAGAGAGGAAGUUUCAGGAAAUGAUAUUGCUAAAAUUGUAAGCAAGUGGACUGGUGUCCCUGUUUCAAAGCUUCAACAAUCAAAGAGGGAGGAAGUUAUUGUAUUUGGAGGAAGUGCUUCAUAAGUGUCUACAACGAUGCUGACAUUUAUCUCCUCGAUGACCCUUUCAGUGCAGUUGAUACUCACACUGCUUCUAUCCUUUUCAAAGUUAGAAGCUCUCACACUAUUAGAUUCUUAACUUUAAUGGAACUGUUAAUGCCACUUCAGUGAAUCAAACCACUUUUAUGUAUAUGCUUGCAGGACUGUGUAAUGACAGCUCUAAGAGGGAAAACAGUCAUUCUUGUGACACAUCAAGUGGAGUUUUUAUCAGAAGUUGAUACAAUCCUGGUAAUGGAAGGUGGAAAAGUUACUCAAUCGGGAAAUUAUGAGAAUCUCUUAACAGCUGGGACUACAUUUGAACAACUUGUGAGUGCUCACAAGGAAGCAAUUAUAGAGGUGGAUCAGAAUAAUGAGAACAAAACUUACAGAGAAGAAGAGUCUGAGAAUGUUUAUCGCACUAAAAAUCACAAUGAGGGGGAGAUUUCAACAGAGGGUCGACUUGGGAUACAACUUACACAAGAAGAAGAAAAAGAGAUUGGUGAUGUUGGCUUGAAGACAUUCUGGGAUUAUAUUUCCAUUUCCAGAGGUUCAUUGAUGUUGUUUGGGAUAAUGUUGGCACAAUUUGCUUUUGUUGCUUUGCAGACUGCAUCAACGGUUUGGCUUGCUUUAGCCAUUGAAAUUCCAAAAAUAAAUAGUGUCACUUUGAUUCAGUUGUACUCAUUAAUUUCAUUUGCUAGUGCUGGGUUUAUAUAUAUAAGGGCUCUCUUGACGUCUUACCUCGGAUUAAAAGCUUCUAAAGCUUUCUUCACAAUUUUCAAUUCUGUUAUCUUCAAUGCUCCUAUGUUGUUCUUUGACUCAACCCCUGUAGGAAGGAUUUUAAUGAGAGCCUCGUCAGAUUUAAGUAAUUUGGACUUUGAUAUACCUUAUUCGAUUACCUUUGUAGCAUGUGUAGCAGUUGAUGGUGACAAUUUGUAUAAUUGUUUUAGUAACUUGGCCAGUUGUCAUUGUUGCCAUUGCUGCUCUAGUUGCAUCCAAAUAUGUUCAGGUUUACCCACUUUCAAUUUUUUGUACUUUUCUAUUUCUUAUCCCUGCUUAACUCAAAAAGCUAUUUUUUUAAAUCUUUGCUCCGCUUAAAAAAGGUAUAUUAUCAAGCAUUGUCUAGGGAAUUAAUGAGGAUCAAUGGAAUCACAAAAGCUCUUGUGAUGAAUUUUGCAACUGAGAUAUCUCUUUGUGUGGUUACUGUAAGAGCAUUCAAUAUGGUAGAAAGUUUCUUUAAGAAUUACUUAAAGCUUGUGGACAUCGCACCACUAUUUUUUCAUUCUAAUGUGACCAUGGAAUGGUUACUUUUAAGGAUUGAAGCACUUCAAAAUUUGACAGCCAUCACUGCAGCUUUGCUACUUGUUCUAUUUCCUCAAGGAUACGUGUCCUCGGGUAAUAUUCCUUGAGAGGUCAAUUACCAAGAUAAGACUUUAUGCAUGUUAGUAAUAUUCCUCGGGUAUUAUUUCUUCCUGUAAACCUGAU